AUGUGUUCCAAAUUGUAUGACAUAAACGAAUUAAACAAGGAUACAAUUUUGUUAAAAACAAAAAAAUUAAAAACAUUAUGUGAGAAUGAAGGAAAUGUAAAUAAACAACAUUUAAAUACCUUAAUAGAAAUAUUAGACCAUUUUUUUGAAAAAUAUAAUGACUGUUUUUUAUCAUCUGUAGUAUGGGAAGUGGUUGACAAAAUUAUUAUGCUAGAAAAUACUAUUGAAGAGAAGAAAAGCAUAGACGUGGAAUUAGAUAUAUCCAUAAAAUUUUGUGAAUUUAUUUUUAGUAAAUUAAUAUUUUUUUCAAAUUAUGAAAAUAAUAACUUGGCUUAUUUAUUCGGUUUCAACUGUCUAAGGAGACAUUUAUGUUCGCUAAUAAGCUCCUUUUUAAAUUUUAAUAACUCGGCUUCCCGGAGAAAGAUAGAAUCUGCCUUUACAAAUCAGUUAAUAAAUUUAGUGAAGAAAAUAUUUGAAAAUAUAAAAAUUGAAAGUGAUUUAGAACUUAAGGUUUCAUAUACAGAAUUGUUAUGGCGAUCUUUUAGAAGAAUAGACUUGACUACAUUUAACAUAAAAAGUUUGGGUAUAAAUAUUGAAACAUUAGAAAAGCUAAAAGAUUUUAAAAUUUUAAAAUUUGAUGAAGAAUGUAUAAGUUGGCUCAAAGAAAAAAAUUAUAUAGAUAAGAAAAAUAUCAUAGAAAAUGGAUCAUUUUCCAUAAGUGCUAAUAAAUCUAUUGUGAACAAAGAUUUUAUAUUAUGCUACCUGGGGAAUUGCUCCAUAUUUUUAUAUUAUGAUAAUACAGAAGAAAAUGAAAAAUGCAAAAUAGAAAUCCCAUAUUAUCAUAUAACAUCAAUACAUUCAAAAAGUAAAAAGUCAUUUACCUUAGAUUGUAAAGCCAUUGCUGAACAUACAAAUAUUUUUUGUCUUUGGUCGGAAGAUGCCAAAAAUUCCAUUGAUUAUGAAACUGUUAAUAAGUUAAGCUUGUCUUUGAAAAUAAAAAAGACAUCAAAAGGAAUAAAGGAAUUAUCCACUGUUUUAGAUAAUAUCAUUUUAAAACUAAAAACGGAAGAAAAUAAAAAUGAAAAAGAAACUUUUGAAUGGAAAAAACAUAAAAACAAUAAAAAAAAAUAUAAAAAAAAUGAAAGCGAAUCAGAAGAAAGAGAAGCAAAGAAGCGAUUCGAUAGAUCAGAAGUUUUGUCCAAUUCAUCAAUUGACGAUAAUAAUGAUAUAAGAGAUGUCUUAAAAAAUACCAGGAUUCUAAAAAUCGAAACUUAUGAUCAUGAAGGUUUGGAAAAAGGAAAAAAAAAUGAAGGGAAUUAUAAAUCUAAGCAUGACAAACCAUCAAAUGUUAAAAGCUAUGAAAAUAAGAAUGUUUUAAAAAAAAUUCAAGACCAUGAAAGAAUGCUAACUGAUUAUAAAUUUGAUUUAAAUACACCUCGGGUUAAUGAAAAACAUCAAAAUGAUGGGGAUCGAGAUAGUGACAUAGAAAUAAUGAUAGAAAAAAUAAUUUCUUGUAAAAAAGAAAAAAGAGAAAAAUUUAAAAUGGAUGUUAAGAAAAAAUUUUCAGAUGCUCUUAAUGACAUUGAUACAAACAUAAAGUCAUUGAUAGAGAAACAAAAGUGCAGACGAGAUGAAUUACAAAAAAAAUAUGAAAAAAAAAAAAAAAAUAUAAUUUUGAAUACCGAAAAAGAAAUAGCAAUUUUGUCCAAAGAAAUGAACGUUUUAAUUGAAAACAUGAAAAAAAUUAGCUUAAAUAAAAAUGAUGUAAAAAAAUUAUAUGAAGAAGGCAAGUCGAUUUUUUAUCCUAGCGAAGUGAUGGAUAAGAGCCAAGUGCUCAUACAGAGGAUCCAUGAAAAAUUAGAAAAGAUGAACACAGAUAUAGUUGAGAAAGAGAAAGAAUAUAGCAAGAGAAAAAAGUUAUGUUUCAAAGCUUUGGCCACUGCAUAUGAAUAA